AUGACUCUCGACGCUUUGAACAUCCUCAGCUCCGAAUCGCAAGGCGAUGUAUUUGCGCACUACGCUCGUAACCUGCUCAAGGCCCUCCAAAAGCCGGAUAUGCCGCUUAGGGUUCCCGCAACUGAAAGGAAGAUUCCCCAGUUCGACGUGAAGACCACCCAUGACGGGGUUGUCCCUGUCGGUAUCAUCGGCGGCGGUAUGGCUGGUCUGUACGCGGGACUCAUGCUCGCGUAUCAAGGCAUUUCCUUCCAAAUCCUGGAGGCGACCGAUCGCAUUGGCGGGCGUUGCUACACUUACAAAUUUGAAGAAGGCGGCGAUUAUGACUAUUAUGACGUCGGUGCUAUGCGCUUCCCCUUGCCUCGAAAGGGAGAGAAAAACCCACAUACUCGUCUGGCAAAACUCUUCGAGCUCUUGGGGCUUGAUCUACUCGACUACAUCUUCACAACCAACGAAGGAAGGCUUUAUUAUGAUGGGGUCUACGCCAAGAUAGGGGAUACCAACCCGAGCUUCCGCGCGGAACAACUGGGCGUCAGCAAAUGCUACAUUGACUGCGGGUACAAGGCCCUUUGCCGGGAUAUUAUCGACCCUCUCGCGAAGUACCUUUUGGACGAUAUGAACACAGGCAGCGAUGCUGGGUGGAAAGAAUUCAAGAAGAAAUACGACCGCUACUCGACUAGAUCAUACUUGCAAUUCGAGUACAAGCCGAGCAAGGCCUUGCAGGACAAGUUUCACAUCCCCGACGAGCAUCUUCCGACUGCUGUAAUCGACUGGCUAGAGACACACGACAAAAGCUCGGGGUGGUACGACCGAGCCCUUUCCGAGACCGUUCUCGAGGCCCUGGCAUUUGGUGACGUUGAUGGUGGGCCGAAGCCAGAAUGGCAUUGCAUCGAUCGUGGAACCUCUGUUCUACCUGAGAGAUCGUUGGCCAUGAUCAAGGAAUGGCUGAAGAACGCCUCAGAGUCUCAGUUCCUGGUCAAAAAAGCCCCUGUGACGUCGAUCCGGCCAGCCGAUCCCGAAGACACUAAAUCCCCGUUAGUCGUGACUGCAGGGGGCAAGGACUACACCUUCUCGCACGUCAUUUCCACUGUUCCCCUCCCCAACUUUGCCCUUAUCGACACAUCCUCGCUCAAUCUUAGUCCUAUGCAAAGCAACGCCAUACGCCAACUUCAGUACGGCCCGUCCAUCAAGAUCGGAAUCCACUUCAAAUCGGCCUGGUGGAAAGAACGGGGGCAAGUUGGUGGUCAGUCUUUCACCGACCUUCCUAUCCGAACCAUUGUGUAUCCGUCAUAUGGAAAGGGCCAAUCUUCCAAGGUCUUGAUUGCCUCGUACUGCUGGACAAAUGACGCUGGGAGGCUCGGAAACCUCAUCAACGCAGGGGAGGAUGAUCUUCUUCGGGAUGUCGUACUUCGGGACUUGGCUACAGUUCACCAAGUGGGCUUUGAUUAUCUGAAAGGCCAGUGCGAAAGGGUUCACGCUUUCAACUGGAAUCAUAACGCUUGGAGCGGCGGGGCUUUCGCAUUCUUUGGGCCCGGCCAAUACGAGUAUCUUUACGGCGCCCUCAACGACGUGGCUGCCGAUGGGAGACUCCAGUGGGCAGGAGAGCUCCUAAGCAUUCGUCAUGCGUGGAUUGUUGGCGCCCUGGAUAGCGCAUGGGCAGCCAUCCACAGGUACCUCUGCCUCUCUAACGCAUCGGACAAACAAUUGAAGAAAUUCUACGACAAGUGGGGUGCUAACCUCGAGUGGCAUGCUGCUGGGGAUAAGGUGACCCAAAACCGGGGGGAAGAUAAAUCUGACCCAGGAGAGGAGCUUACUAUCCCGAGGAGCAAGAAUUUGCUGCUUCGCCAUCUUGAAAUUUAUAACCCUGACUUGGUCGUAUACUCCGAUUGA